AUGACGCCCAGUCCUGAUGAAGCGCUUCACUUCCGCGGCAAGACUCUGACUCCGGAAAGCCCCCGUCCACUGCACAUCCCGGAGCCAGCCAACAUCCCCGUCCUCGAGAAUCAAAUGGACCCCGUCUUCAACGAUACCGCGACCUACGAUUACGGCCAGGAGACUACCGCCCCGCAGAGACAAGAUGGAUGGGCGGGUUACUCGCAGGAUGGACAUCACCGCCCGGGCCACACCCAAAACCCAGGUAGCUUGUCGGGCUCGCGGGAGCAGGCGAGGCACAAUGAUAUGACUGUUUCUGCUGCGGCAGAGUAUUCCCCUUCCUCCGCGCCCGCGAUGGCCAGCUCGGGGGCCCCCAGGGACUCCCUCGCGCCUCCGGUCGUUCCGGUCCCUCAGGGCUUCGGGCCCCCCAGCGAGAUAGACACUUCUGCCGGCUCGCAGCAGCACCGCUUAGAUGUGAAGCAGGAGGAUCCGGGCCUGGGCGGCGUUGAUUUCCAGAACCUGCUGGACAAUCUCUCUGGCGCCCCCCCGGCCGGACCAGCUGCGGCCCCUCUAAUGGCAGACUCGUCGCUCCAUCAAGCACCACCGACUGACGAGCCCCCCCAUCCCCAACUGCCAGUCCGCCCCCAUCCCAUUCCCUCCGGUGAUGAGAGCCAUGCAUACCAUCCCUUCCCUGCCCACAACAGCGCUGCUGUGUCCCACCCAACCCAGCCCAGUAACCAACCCCCCUGCCCAAUGUGGGAGCGCCGGGCACUGUUCCGGGUAUCGGAGCCGCCGGCCAAGAAGGCCCGCGGCGAUAAGCAGGCCGGUCGGCCGCCUGGCGGCAAAGUUUGGAGCCUAGACGAUGAUGCUCCCUGGGGUCCCGAGGUCCAAAAGAAAUACGACGAGUUUCUACAUGAUGAGCGGGUCUAUGUGACAGAAGGCCUCUGGGACCGGUUCCCGAUCGGGUCGCGAUUGUUUGUUGGUCAGUACAUCGAAAUUCUUGUUAUCCGCCCAUUCAUGCUAACUCGGAUGUCCACAAUGACAGGCAAUCUCCCCACGGAACGAGUCACGAAGAGAGACAUGUUCCAUAUCUUCCACAAGUACGGCAAAUUGGCCCAGAUCUCGAUCAAACAGGCCUACGGAUUCAUACAAUUCUUGGAAGCGGGUUCCUGCCAUUCGGCACUCCAGGCGGAGCAGGGAGCUCUAGUGCGAGGCCGCAAGAUACACCUGGAGAUCUCCAAACCACAACGGUCUACCAGACCUGCCCCCGCCCCGGAAGCAUCAUCCCGUGCACCUCCGCCGCGUCGGUCGAGGUCGCCCGAGUUUGUUCGAGGUGGCCCUGCCCGAACGACCCGGCCCUACGAGCCAACUCGACUGCCGUUCAGCGAUUUCCGCGAUGAGCCGCCCCGCCGACGGGAUGAUUAUCGGCCUCCCCGCUCGCCUUCGCCGGCGCCCCGGCCCUUUCGAAGCAGGGAGGGCUAUCGGUCGCGAGACCGGACCCCCGAACGAAGUGACCGUCGAGACCGCAGACGCUCUCGCUCUCCUCGAUCUCCCCGGUCGCCUCGAUCGCCUCGGUCUCCCUACACAAGGGAUCGUCGGUAUCGGAGCCCAAGUCCGAGGCGGAGCGCUUAUGAUGGUGAGGCGAGUCUGCCGGUGCCUCGACGCGCUGCGCGGGAUGUGCCAGAAGUCCAAAUCCUCGUGCUGGAGGAACUGGAUAGAAAUUUCAUUCUCCACGUCGAGAACGCCUUCCGCAACCGUGGCCUCCGGGUGGAUGUGCUGGUCCUUGGUCCUCGAAUCCCUCUAGCUGCGGCGGUUCAUCGCCAGAUCGUGGAAGGGGUUCUGGCCGUUAUCUUCGAUCGAAGCGCGGGGUUGGACAACGUUCGCUUCAAUGAUUAUCCGGAGCUCGACCCCAACAUUGCUGCCGAAGUGAUGUUCCACCAGUCUCAAGCCAUGCAGCGCGGCGGUCCCCCGGUGUCAUUUGCCCCCAAUCCUGCCUUUGGCGUUCCACCCAUGGCGCCCAUGGCAAUGGCCCAACCCGGCCUACCGACGCUCACCAAUCCCCCCAACAUCGCCAAUCUCAUCAGUUCCCUCGACGGCCCUAGCCUGCAGUCCCUGCUCUCUGCACUUCAGCAGCAGCAACGUGCCCCAGUGUCGCAGCCUGUCUCGGCCAACCAGUCACCGUUUGCUUCCCCUAACCCUCCGCCUCCAGCCGAUCUCGCUACUCUCUUAACCAACGCAACUCGGCCACCGCCUCCUCCUAUGCCGGCAAACCCACAACAACUUCCGCUUCCCCCUCCGCCCUUUAAUCUCCAACCCCCACCAACCACCGGCGUUUCCGAUCCAAACCUGCUCUCGCUCCUCGCUAAGGGUCUGGGACGCCCGCCACAGGGCCAGCCCGCCGUUGGUUCCCAGGUACAAAACAUCAUGGAUCAACUGGCCAAAUGGAAGCAAUGA